CUGACUCCUGAAGCCAUGGAUAAAUUUGACCUGAUCAAGAUCAUCGGGGAAGGCACGUUUGGGAAGGUGUACUUGGCUAAAGAUAAAUCAGAAAGCCGUCACUGUGUCAUCAAGGAGAUCAGCUUGACGAAGGAAAAAGAAGCUUCAAAGAACGAAGUGAUUCUUCUGGCUAAGAUGAAGCAUCCCAACAUCGUAACCUUCUUCAGCUCAUUCCAAGAGAACGGCAGGCUGUUUAUUGUCAUGGAAUACUGUGACGGAGGGGACCUCAUGGAAAGGAUACAGAGACAGCGGGGAGUGUUAUUCAGCGAAGACCAGAUCCUGUGUUGGUUUGUACAGAUUUCUCUAGGACUGAAGCACAUUCAUGACAGGAAGGUAUUACACAGGGACAUAAAAUCUCAGAAUAUUUUCCUUAGCAAGAAUGGAAUGGUUGCAAAGCUCGGGGACUUUGGAACAGCGAGAACACUGAAUAACUCCAUGGAACUUGCUCACACAUGUGCUGGGACACCUUACUACCUGUCGCCAGAGAUCUGUCAGAACAGGCCGUACAACAACAAAACGGAUAUUUGGUCUCUUGGCUGCGUCUUAUAUGAGCUCUGCACACUCAAGCAUCCCUUUGAGAGUGACAACUUACACCAUCUGGUUCUGAAGAUUUGUCAAGGACGUGUUGCUCCCAUAUCACCCCACUUCUCUCUUGACCUACAGUCUUUGAUACCUCAGCUCUUCAGAGUGUCUCCUCGGGAUCGACCAUCCAUUAAUUCCCUUUUGAAAAGGCCCUUUUUAGAAACUCUUGUUGCCCGGUACUUGUCCCCUGAGAUGCAUUCCAGAAGAAUUCAGUCCCAUGCUCGCAUGGAGAACGCGGCUGUAGGCUUCACAGCUUGUUGCAGAGGUAGUCCAUGGUCUGCUGCAUACCUUCAGAGGAAAUUUGAAGCUCGGCAAUAUAAGUUAAAAGUGGAAAGACAGUUGGGUCUUCGCCCAUCUUCUGUGGAGGUGCAUCUAAACGAGAGAGAAAAGCUACAAAGCCAUCGAGAGGAGACUAAAUUCCAGGAGCUUCAGUACAGGAAGAACAAAAUGAAGGACCAGGAAUAUUGGAAGCAGCUGGAGGAAAUCCGCCAACAGUACCACAACGACAUGAAGGAAAUUAAAAAGAAAAUGGGGAGAGAGCUGAAGAGAGGGGUAAAGUUUGAAAUCAGCCUAGAUGAAUGCAUUUCAGAGGAAGACACUAUCCAAGAGGAUGAGGUGGUGGAGAGACUAAGUGAUACUUUAAGCUUUGAAGAUGGCAUGAAGUUUCAGGAGUCUAAAUGUAGGGGGGAGCGUGAAGAAGACUAUACAGACAGAGCCUUUGAAGAACUCUGCGGCCCAGAAGCAGAGGGUUUCUUUCAGGACGCCAUUGCCACAGAGAACAGGAGGCAGUGGGAUGCCGGCGCACCUCAGACUCUUCUGCGAAUGAUGGCCGCAGCAGACAUCACCUCCACCUGCCCCACCAUGCCGGAUGAUGGCCAAGUUAUUGUGAUGGAUGGUAGCCAAGAAAACAGGAAGCAGUGGUGGCGGGAUGUGCCAGGAACCCCUCCUGCUUUGGCAACAGAACGUGCCUGCAGUGGCUUAUUGUCUGCGGGUAAAGGAGAAACUGUGAUGAUAAAACCGCAGCUUCCUAAAGAAGACAGGGAAGAGGGAGAAAUAGCCGCGGGCAUCACAGUGGGUGAUGAACGACUGCAACCGGGUUCGGAUGGGGAUGCUACAAAGUUUGAAGAAUCCGAGGAUGAGCUGAGAAGUGAAAUAAUAGAAUCCCUAGAAAAGCUCUCGGCUUCCACAGAAGGAAGAGAAUGGGAUCCCAGCUCCUCUGAGAAUGCUGAGAAGCCUGGAGAGAAAGAAAAGACAAACUCGCCACUCUGGAAGCUCCAGUGAAGGUCUGGAAGCGCCUUUUGGCCUGUUAAUCUGCAUUGCUAAGACCAAGGUUCACCAAAUGCCAGUCUAAGUGUGCAAGUGUGAACAAUCGUUCCCCAUUGAUGGGAGUCUGUGUCCUUAAAGGAAAAUUCACUAUCUUCCUGAUUUUACACACUCUGUCCUGAUGAGCUCCUGAAGGACAGCUCCGAUGAGGACUGUUUUUAGCUUUACGUCCAUCUAUUAAACUGAAACUAUAUUCU